AUGAUUCCCUUACUCUUCCUCCUCCUCUCUCUUCUCCCUCACAGAUCUUUCUCCGCUCACUGCACCACCGUCACCACCACCAAAACCUUCGAAAAAUGCAUGUCAUUACCCUCCCAAGAAGCUUCAAUAGCAUGGACGUUCCACAGACAUAACUCAACUCUCGAGUUGGUCUUUUCCGGGACCUUUAUAUCACCUUCCGGUUGGGUCGCAUGGGGUAUAAACCCUACCUCACCUGAAAUGACCGGAACACGAGCUCUCAUCACCUUCCCGGACCCAAACUCCGGCCAGUUGGUCCUCCUACCUUACAUCAUAGAUCCAACUGUGAAACUUCAACGGAGUCCACUCCUCUCUCGGCCACUCGACAUCCAUCUCGUAUCUUCUUCUGCCGCCUUGUACGGCGGCAGAAUGGCGACGGUCCAUAACGGUGCCACCAUUCAGAUAUACGCCACGUUAAAACUUAAACCAAACAAGACCAAGAUUCAUAAUGUGUGGAACAGAGGGUUGUAUGUACAAGGCUACUCUCCUACAAUCCAUCCAACCACCAUCGCUGACCUUUCCUCAAUCACCACCAUUGAUGUUUUAUCAGGCGUAUCAGCUUCUGGACCAAAUAGCAACAUCAGAACUCUAAAACUUGCUCAUGGCUUUAUGAAUGCAAUUUCAUGGGGGGUAUUGUUGCCAAUCGGAGCAGUCACUGCACGCUACUUACGACACAUACAGUCAUUAGGGCCUACGUGGUUUUAUGUCCAUGCCGGAAUUCAGCUUUUUUCGUUUGUGCUAGGGACUGCUGGAUUCGCGAUUGGGGUUCAUCUCGGAGAACUGUCGCCGGGAAGGGUGUAUGGGCUUCACCGGAAGCUGGGGUUUGCAGCGUUUUUUUUGGGUAGUCUUCAAACACUGGCGCUGCUAUUUAGGCCAAAGACUACGAACAAGUUCAGAAAGUACUGGAAAUCGUACCACCAUUUUGUGGGGUAUGCUUGUGUGAUUUUGGGAGUUGUUAAUGUGUUUCAAGGAUUUGAAGUGAUGGGGGAAGGGGGGUCUUAUGCUAAGUUAGUGUACUGCUUGUGUUUAUCAACGUUGAUUGGAGUUUGUGUGGCCUUAGAAGUCAACUCUUGGGUAAUAUUCUGUAGGAAAUCGAAGGAAGAGAAGUUGCGAAGAGAAGGGGUUAUAAGGGGUCAAGAGAAAGCUUGUGGAUCAGAGCAUGGUGAUCGACACUAG